AGGUGAUCGCUUGUGUAAAAGGGCUUAAAAGAGCUGCGGAAAGCAAACAUCACCUGUGCCUGCACAACAUUGAACUCAGAGCUUUCUUAUCUUCAAACACAAAAGACUCCAUCAUGACUGAUACGAUGGUCGUCACGCAGCCUCAGCCUGUGAUAUAUGUUCAAGGGUCGGAUGAAUGGUCAUCUGGGUUAUUUGACUUCUGUGAAAAUGUGCCAGAGUGCCUUUUUGCUUACUUUUGCUUACCCUGCUUCGCCUGUAAAACUUCGAGAGACUACGGGGAAAAUCUCUGUCUCCCUCUGGCCGACUGGGUGAGCGGCAUGAUCCCGCCGGCCACCAUGUCCAUGAGGGUCUCCAUGCGACACCGCUAUGGCAUCACCGGCACCAUGUGUAAUGACUGUGUGCUUUCGACAUUCUGUAUGUCCUGCGUCUGGUGUCAGAUGUCCAGAGAGAUGAAGAAACGAGCGCUCCCAGUCGUUAUGGUUGCUACUAAAAACGUGUAACCUCUUCCUUCUUCAUCAUGUCUGGGGCCACCAUCCUCAUGGAGUCUUAGCAGCACAAUACACUUUAAACAGAAAUCCAACUGUAGCCAUCCAAGCUUAUUGAAGUUAGGAAACUGAAAUGAAGUAAAAGAAAAACUGUUUUUAAUGUAAUUAAACUAUCAUUAACUAUCUAAAAUAGUGCUUUUUAAAUUUUAUUUUACAUUUUUCCCUUUGAGAACAAAAAUUCUUCACUGAGAGGUUUAUAAUGACCACUUAUUAACCAAAGAAUACCAAAAGUGUGUUUUUGUGUAAUCUCACAUACUUUAGUCAGGUUUGUAUUUUAUUUUUAUCUGGCAUAAUGAAAAUUUUAAACAGAUAAACUUAAAUGACAUAAAAAUCCAAACACUGUUCUUUCAUUUUUUGUCAAUAAAAUUAAGUGAAAGGCA